GUCGUGUUGCAGCAGGCUCUUUGGUCCUGGGGGUGGUGUGAUUAACUCGCAAUUGGGAAUAUGGCUGGAGGUUGUUGUCAAGGUAUCUUUAGGUCCGUUGACGCAAACCCCCCGUUCGCCCAAAUGUCCUCGGCCCUCCAUGCAUGCUCGAAUCCCGGAAAAUAAGUAGUUGUGAAUGAGGGAGAGUCUAAUUUUUUUUUCUUUCUUGGGUCAGCGCCGAGAUUGCCAGUGCCGGCCGGGCGCGGGUUUGAGCGCACUGCAGCCAUCCGUGCAUAUCGCGCACAGGUCUAUCUAUAGAUCGAUAGAGGCUGGUAUCCUGCCUAGAGCAAGUACUGUACAAGGGGUGUUAGCAAAAUCAAGAUCCGGUCGCUUAUUUAUAAGUCUUUUCAGUCGCGGACAAAUCAGAAACGAGCGCUGAUUUUUUGACUCGCGCUCGAUCAUUGGCCCGCCUAUUGUAAUCCUUUCCUUUGUUGCAUGAUCCAGGCGUCUGCAUGUUUAGGCCGCCAACCCAUAUUCCUGAAUGAGA